GCAGUCCUCCAUGGAGUCAAAAUCAUCUGGUCUGAUAUUCUGAUUCACCUCAACUUUGUUUUAUCCCUGAAUUUCCAUCAGAAUCAGCUUUUCUGCUGAUUUUCAGCUUGUCUGAGCUGCAACAAGAAAACAGAUUGUGGCUUAUUCUGUGGCAGAAUCUUGUAACUUGUGACUGUUAAUGCCAGUAACACAUAUGCCAUGGAGAAAACCAAACCAUUUAUUAAAUACAUAAAUGAAAGUAAGGAUCUGAAAGAUGCCAGCUCAAAAAAAGGGGGAAAUAAAGAAGACACAGAGAUACUUGUGGGUAUGAUAUGAGCUACUGGAUCUGAAGCGUUGUGACUUUGGGUCGAAGUCAUUGAGCUGCUGAAUUGUAAAACGUUGAUUCAGUGGCCUCCCAGCAGCUUUGCAGAAAUUGUGCUUGGAUUGUUCUCUUCCUUUCUGGAUAUCAUUUCUUUUUCAUCUUCCAGGGUGUGGUUUCAAUUCAAGCAUAUAUUCCUGAUGCUGUGUGGUAUGAGUAUGAUACGGGAGCAAAAAUUUCAGUGAGAAAAGAAUGGACUGAUAUGUACCUGCCAGCUGACAAAAUGGGACUCCAUUUGCGAGGAGGCUACAUCUACCCUACUCAACAACCAGCUAACACAACAGUUGCCAGCCGCAAGAAUCCAAUGGGACUUAUAAUUGCUCUGGAUGACAAUAAUGCUGCUUCUGGGAACUUGUUCUGGGAUGAUGGAGAAUCUACAGGUACAAUUGACAGUAAAGCCUACAUUUACUAUGAGUUCACAGUUUCCAAUAACGUUCUAACUAUGACUGCUAUAAACAGCAAUUAUGCUGAUCCAAACAACUUGAUGUUUGAAGAAAUCAAGAUAUUGGGAUCCCUUCAGGAAAUAACAGCAGUUACUGUAUCUCAGAACAAUGUUGGGGAAAAUUUUCCACAUAAUAUCACCUAUUAUCCUUCAGAAAAGGUUGCUCAUAUAACAGGACUUCAGCUUGAACUAGGAAAAUCUUACACAGUACAAUGGAGUCAACAACUGAGUGUCAAUGAAAGAUUUGACUGUUAUCCCAGUCCCAAUCCAACACAAGAAAGAUGUGAACAACUUGGCUGUGUUUGGGACGAAACAUCAGGCCCGGGUAUUCCAUCCUGCUAUUACAGCUCUGACAAUGCUUAUUCUGUAGACCAAGUAGAAUACACCUCAUCAGGUUUGGCAGCCAACCUCAUCUUAAACAGUGCCAACACCAAAGCUAAUGAGGAUUACACUACCCCAAUUAGUACACUACGCUUGGAGGUGAAAUAUCAUCUUAACCACAUGCUGCAAUUUAAGAUCUAUGAUUAUCAAAAUGCACGAUAUGAGGUUCCAGUACCACUAAAUCUCCCAAGCUCCCCAACAAGCACAGAUGAGGAACGACUCUAUGAAGUAUCAGUUCAAAAAAAACCAUUUGGUAUACAAGUUCGCCGCAGAAGCACGGGAAGAAUCAUCUGGGAUUCACAGCUGCCCACCUUCACAUUCAGUGACAUGUUCAUUCAGAUUUCUACUCGUUUACCAUCCCAAUAUAUAUAUGGACUUGGAGAAAAUGAGCACACAGCGUUUCGACGUAACACAAGCUGGCACUCCUGGGGAAUGUUCACAAGGGAUCAGCCUCCUACUUACGAGUUGAAUUCUUAUGGUCAUCAUCCAUUUUACAUGGCUCUUGAAGAAGACAGCAAUGCCCAUGGAGUUCUAUUUCUUAACAGCAAUGCAAUGGAUGUGACAUUACAGCCAACACCUGCCCUGACAUACCGUACCAUAGGAGGAAUCCUUGACUUCUACAUGGUUUUGGGCCCAACUCCGGAACUUGUUGUACAGGAGUACACUGCACUGAUUGGACGACCAGUCAUGCCACCCUACUGGUCUUUGGGAUUCCAGUUGUGCCGCUAUGGAUACGUGAAUGACUCAGAAAUUGCCCAGGUGGUGGAGGAAAUGAAGGCAGCUAGGAUUCCCCAUGAUGUCCAAUAUGCAGAUAUUGACUAUAUGGAAAGGCAACUGGACUUCACCAUUGGCACACGCUUUGCUGGAUUACCAGCUCUGGUUAACAAAAUAAAAGAAGAAGGAAUGAGAUUUAUCAUUAUCCUGGAUCCAACCAUCUCUGGAAAUGAAACCAAUUAUCCUACCUUCUCAAGAGGUGUACAGGAUGAUGUCUUCAUAAAAUGGCCCAAUACCAAUGACAUUAUAUACUCCAAGGUCUGGCCAUUUCUUCCUGAUGUGGAAGUCAAUGAGUCGCUGCCUGAGGAAACCCAAAUACAGCUCUAUGGAGCACAUGCUGCUUUCCCAGACUUCUUGCGCAAUUCCACAGCAGAGUGGUGGAAGAGAGAAAUCCUGGAGUUCUACAACAAUCCCACCAACCCCUCAAGAAGCAUCAAGUUUGAUGGCUUGUGGAUUGACAUGAAUGAACCAGCAGCUUUUCUGAAUGGUGCCAUUGGGGGCUGUAGAAAUGAACUCUUAAAUAUGCCACCAUAUGUGCCUCAUUUGGGAUAUCGGUCAGAUGGGUUAAGUGCCAAAACUCCAUGCAUGGAAGGUCAACAGUAUCUUCCAGAUGGUACCCCAGCUAGACACUACGAUGUCCACUCUCUUUAUGGAUGGUCACAAACAAAACCUACCCUAGAAGGUUUGCAGGAUGCCACCAAGGAGCGUGGGAUCGUUGUCACCCGUUCCACGUAUCCCAGCAGUGGAAGAUGGGCAGGACACUGGUUAGGUGAUAACACUGCAGCUUGGGAUCAGCUAACUGCAUCUAUUAUUGGUAUGAUGGAUUUCAGUCUCUUUGGAAUAUCUUAUACAGGAGCUGAUAUCUGUGGCUUCUUCAAAGACUCAGAGUAUGAGCUGUGUAUUCGCUGGAUGGAACUAGGUGCAUUUUACCCAUAUUCAAGGAAUCACAACCAGAAAGGAACAAGGAGGCAAGAUCCUGCUUCCUGGAAUGCAACAUUUGAGGAGAUUUCCAGGAAUGUGUUGAAUAUAAGAUACACCUUGCUACCUUAUUUCUACACUUUAAUGUAUGAAGCCCAUGCCCAUGGCAGCACUGUGAUCCGCCCCAUGCUCCAUGAGUUUGUAGAAGACAGAACAACCUGGGAAAUAUACGAGCAGUUCCUUUGGGGACCUGCACUGCUCAUCAGUCCUGUGAUGCAACAGAAUGCUGUAACAGUGAACGCUUACUUACCCAAUGCCCGCUGGUAUGAUUACCACACAGAUGAAGAUAUUGGCAUUAGGGGACAGUUCAGUCUUUUACCAUCUCCUUUGGAGCAUAUCAAUCUGCAUAUCCGGGGUGGAUACAUCCUUGCUUGGCAAAAGCCUGCUAAUACAACUUUUUACAGCCGAAAAAACCCCAUGGGACUCACUGUUGCUUUGAAUGACACUCUGAGAGCAGAAGGACAGCUUUAUUGGGAUGAUGGGGUUCGCAUUGAUGCAUAUGAAGAUGGUGUAUAUCUGCUAACAUCAUUUACUGCUAAUCAGAAUGUUUUAGAUAUUACAGUUUUGCAUCACGGUUACUCUGAUCCAAACAACCUGAUGUUUACUGAAAUUAAAGUCCUGGGGGUGCCCUCCAAAGUUACACAGGUGAACAUAUCGCAGAAUGGUGGGACAAUUGCAUCAUCUCAUGCUGUGGACUACAAUAACACCAAGCAGCUCCUGACAAUCACAAACCUUCAACUUGAAUUAGGCAGAAGCUACACCGUGCAAUGGAGCUAAAAUGCCUGCAAAAUAACAUCGCGCAUACCGCUUAAUCUUCUCACUAUUAUAGAACUGUCUUUCAAUUUUCCCACUUUCAUACUGCAUCUGUGUCAUCUUAGAAUACUUUUUAUUAUAAAAACAUACUAGUUAGUUCAUUUUCAUGUAUUAUGGAUACAAAGCAGUCACAUUUCAGUAUUGUUGAAGGCCAACUACAAGGUCUCCAUGCGAUGCAAAAAUCUGCAAUUUAAACAGCAUGGCACUUCCGUAUAACUUCAUCUUUCAAAACCGAGAACUGAAUGUAAACCUCCAUGUUUUUUCAGAAUAGAAUUUCUGGCUGACCUCACGUGUGCCAAAUCUUUGUUUCGUUAAAAAAAAAAAAAAAAAAAAUAAAUGCAGUCGGUGUUAGCUGCAUGGAUUUGGGGCUGUAAUUCUGCCUAUAUUUAAUUCAUCUUAAUUCUGGCUAUGUAAGUCACUAUGACAGAGAAGUAUUUAAGGCCAGACAAAACAAAUGUUUUCAGAUUACUGGUUUAGCCUGAAAUGAUGUUUCAAUUUGUUGAUAUAUAAAAUACUAAGAUACUUGUAGAAGUCAUAGGGUUUCCUUUUUGCAGGGGUGUCAACAGGGUUUUUGUAUGACUUUAGCCAGAUAUUUAUGUUCCCCCGUGUUUUGAUCUGAACAUGUAAGAUUAAACUUGAAGUUUCAAGGUUAACUAAUAAAUGUUGGUCUCUGAGUGUUCAUUUAGCUGAAGGAAAUGCUGUUGUAUGUUUACUAUAAUAGUAAUUCAUAUUAAAGACUCUUUGUAUCCCAAGAGUGCAACAUGUGAUAUAAACAGAUUGGUAAAGUAUGUUUACAAUUAAAUUUGAUGGGAAUAAACUGCUGUCAAAGGUAAUAGCAAACUCUAGCAACUGUGCUUAAGAUUCAUUUAAAGGAUUCCCCUCUGCUUUGAAAUUUCAUGGUAAAACAGCUGAGUAGCAAACAUGUCAUAGGUGGAUCAACGUAAUUAAUUUAUUGAAUUUAUAGAAACUGAAUUUAUUGAAGCUUCCCCAUAAAAUAAUAAUGAAAUUGGCAAUCCAGAGAAAAUGAUCAUUUAAGUUA